AUGGUAACGAAAUCAUCCCUUGGCGCUUUUCUUGAGCAUGCAAGAGUCAAUAAGUGUGAAGUAAGUGAUGAAAUAGAGUUUCGACUUGAUCCUGUAAUAGGUAUCGGAGCUUUUUGUAAGAAACCUGUUCAGAAGGUUGACGUACCGCUUAUCAGAGUUCCUAUUGAUUUUACUAUCAAGAAGAAGGAAGCCGAAGAGUAUUUUGCUAUCGAUAAAUUCCAAUCAUCUAAUCCCAAUGCUCUUACACAGCUAUACUUGCUUGCCCUAAAACGAGACAGAACUAGCAAAUGGACACCAUACUUGGAUAUAUUACCAACAUUUAAUGAGAUUCACAGUCCAUUACUAUGGAAAGAUCAAGAGCUAAAUCUUAUCCGUGGUACUGAUCUUUAUACCAAAACAAAGAGAAAACUUGUGUUACUGCUAGAUGAGUGGUUCAAUCUUUUAAAAGAACUUAAUUUGUGUACAGAAUCAGUAACCAAGUUCUACGAAAGCCAAGAUCGCAAUAAUAUAUCGGUUGAAGAGUCAUAUUCAAUUGAUUCUUUCGGCGCUUAUGUAUGGGCGUCUUUGAUCUUUUCUUCAAGAGCGUUUCCUUCCAUAUUAUACGAUACCACAGCACCGUUAAAUGAGGCUUUCUUACUCCCAGUGGUAGACCUUUUAAAUCAUAAACCAAACGCAGACGUGAAAUGGAAGGAAGAGGCCGGUUUCAUUACUUUCAGCUCUUCCGAAUCCUUGAAGGCUGAGGAUGAACUAUUCAAUAAUUAUGGAGAUAAAUCAAAUGAGGAACUUCUAUUAUCUUACGGAUUUUCUUAUGAAGGAAAUUCUCAUGAUUGUACUUCUAUAUCAUUGAAAAUAGAUGGAAUCUCAAUUGAAAAGGCACGGUCAUGUGGUAUUCGAUUAAAUCAUGAUAAUAUUGUUGGUGAUACAAUUAGAUUUGAUAUACCUCGGAAUGAUCCUUUACCACGAGAGUUGGUUCUCUUUUUUGGUUUUAUAUCUAAACUUAACUCUGAAAAAGAUAUUACAGUACGUGCAGUACUUGAAGGUUUGGGCCAAUUAAGGGCAAUAUUUGCUCAAAAGGUGGCUAUUUUUAAAGAGAAGUUAAAAAUGUUACCCAAUGCUAUUCAGAACGCUACGAUCAAGAAAAAUACUUCCAUUUAUUUAAACUCACAACGAAAAUUAUAUCAAUCAUCUGAGGAGGAAGUUAACAAGAGAAUUAAGGCGAUCAUCAAGACUUACAAACCAAUUUCCUUCAAAUCAAUGUACAAAAGUGACACCGCUUUUGCCAAUAGUUUGUUACUAUCUAUGGGCGUAUCAUCAUUCGAAGAAUUGGCUCGUAAAAACGUUAUGCAUCACGCUCUCUUGUUGUGGAUUGUUAAAGCCCACAAUUCGAGUUUUUAUAAAGGCGAGAAGCCGCCUGAAUUUGUGAAGGCAAUGUUCGAGGAAGUGAAAAGCAGUAUAAAGAUAGACAAGGAGGACGUUCUAGAAUACAUGAGUUUUUACAAGACAUUCUUUCCUGCACUUUCAAAAAGCAUUCCAGAAAUUUACAAUGUAGGAAGCUGGAGCAUUUCAGAUUUUGUAAUAGCUGGCGUAGUAAUAGACCGUCUAGUCUGGCUAAGGGAAACAAGCAACGAGUACUUGAUAUUCAAGAAAACAAAGUUUGAAAUGUGA